GAAGCUCCACAGUACUUCCCACCAAAAGCAAUGGCCGCCAUUACUUCUCACUGUGCUCUGCGAUCAGACUGUGCUCCCUUCUCCUCCUCCUCCUCGUCUUUCUCCGGCCAGACUUUUCGCCAACCUGCUCCUUUUCCCGGCAUUUCCUUGUCUUCCCUGGCAAUUUCUCCGACACUCCGCCGCCGCAUCUCUUGUCAGACAUCCUCUGCGAUUUCACCUUCAUCUGCUGUCAAUGUAAAAGAAAAAUCAGGGCUCAAGGAUUUUCUUCACAUUAAUGAUUUUGACAAAGCUACUAUUUUGAAGAUCCUAGACCGUGCCUUGGAGGUCAAGGCACUGCUAAAGUCAGGAGAAAGGACAUUUCUCCCAUUUAAAGGGAAGACAAUGGCAAUGAUAUUUGCAAAGCCGUCCAUGAGAACACGGGUUUCAUUUGAGACUGGAUUUUUCUUGCUUGGAGGUCAUGCUUUAUAUCUAGGACCAGAUGAUAUUCAGAUGGGUAAACGGGAGGAAACUCGUGAUGUUGCUCGUGUGCUGUCUUGUUAUAACGACAUCAUUAUGGCACGUGUUUUUGCUCAUCAGGACAUUCUUGAUCUGGCUAAAUAUGCAACUGUACCUGUCAUCAAUGGCCUGACAGACUACAAUCAUCCUUGCCAAAUAAUGGCUGAUGCCCUCACAAUAAUUGAACACGUUGGUCAGUUGGAAGGAACUAAGGUUGUCUAUGUUGGGGAUGGGAACAACAUUGUGCAUUCCUGGCUGCUGCUGGCUGCAGUUGUUCCCUUCCAUUUUGUCUGUGCCUGUCCUAAAGGUUUUGAACCAGAUGAGAAAACGGUUCAGAAGGCACAACAGGCUGGAAUUAGCAAGAUUGAGAUAACAAAUGAUCCAAAAGAAGCUGUUAGAGGAGCAGAUGUUGUAUACUCAGAUGUUUGGGCUAGCAUGGGGCAAAAGGAAGAGGCCUCAUAUCGCCGGCAAGUGUUUCAAGGAUUUCAGGUGGAUGAACCCCUUAUGAAGUUAGCCGGGCCAAAAGCCUAUUUCAUGCAUUGUUUACCGGCUGAAAGAGGCGUGGAGGUGACUGAUGGGGUUAUUGAAGCGCCAAACUCCAUUGUCUUCCCACAAGCAGAGAACCGCAUGCAUGCACAGAAUGCCAUAAUGCUUCAUGUGCUUGGCUUGUGAUUUGCAUCAUGAUAUGAUGCCAUGUUCAGAAUAGUUGAAAUCACAAACCAAUUCAUAUAUUUUGGUUUGGUAUUAUUAGCAUAUUUAUCAGUAACCGAUGUAGAACGAUUGAUAAGUCUGUAUUCUCCAUUUUGUUUUCUUUCAAGUAGGAGUGUGCAAAACUUAAUUAUUAGGGCAACCAGUUUUGCUUAAAUGAACGUCUGGUUAAUGCUAUUUUUCCAUGGA